AUGAACGCGCGUGUAGUAGACAGCGCAAGGCUCUUCGAGCCGCAGACAGGUCUCCUUAUUCCCUUCAACUCUCACUCUGAUGCGCUCCUCGCACAACUCCCCUUACAGCACGGCAUGUCGAAACAGCAUUUCAACCUUCUCUUGGAUAUCCUACGCGAUCCUUCUUUUGACAUGGAUCAACUCAAUUUAAAGAGUGCGACAGAUAUUGAUAUACGGAUAUCCGAACAUCGGCGGCAAUUAGCGGAAGAACGAAGUCAGAGAGCACACUCCAGUUCUGUGUUUAGUCCUGCAUCUGGAUCUUGCAAGUACUUCAAAGCUACCUCGGAGAACACUGGGCCUGUAGGCAUGCCCUCCAUCGUGUUCGAGCUCCUCAUCGACGAACUCGUCAGCCAGAUGGAACACUUCGACUACGAAACAGACGCCACACCUGGAUCUUCAGAAGGGUCUCGCUACUACAACUCACAGACUCAUGCAAGAACAUCUACUAUUCAAACAUGCCUGAAACGCAUGUCAUUCGUACACCGCUCCUGGACUGAACUUGCUCAACGUGCCCUGCGUCGACGCGCCAUCCUCACCUCCCGGCGUUUCCUCCGUGAAUUCGCACGCAGUCCUGCAUGUGGAGCGGGUGUACGCGAGUUUGCGUACAAGAUUCCGAAGAGCGAGACGUGUACUUUCUUUCAUGAAGCUUCGGUGGCACGUGAGCAUUGGAGUACACUCGCCUCUGUUAUCUCACGCUUGUCUACAUUGCGGUUUCUUUGUUUAAGUAUUGAAAGUGCACACCUUGCUGAUUUAAGUGGACUUGAUCUCGUUCUAAAUUCCAUCGCUGGACUGACCAGUCUUGAGGGCCUUUGGUUGGUAUCGUCAAGAGAUCAUUGUCCGUACUUGCCGCAACUAUGUCAAACCAUCUCAAAACUACCUAAUCUGCGGUUUUUAUCGAUAUUCAACUGGACUUGUCCGCGAAGGCCCACAGUCUCUGACACGCUAGAGAUGCGAGAAAGGGUUCUCGAACUGACUCCGCCUGCAAGUCUCACGGCUCUGCAAAUUCGUGAUGACUAUUUGACAACUCCACCUGCUUACCUGUCCUGGCUAUUCCGACCACGCAACUCAUACUCUCUCACAACGCUCGACUUGCAUAUCACCUUUUCAAGACCUCUGCCAACUUCUUUACUAGACCCAACUGGUUCAAACUCAAUGUACACAAACCCACACGUCGACUUUUCGCACCUCCUCGCUUCGCUUUCUCCUCUCCUCCCUCACAUCCACUCACUUGCAAUUAAGCUCUUCUACCUCGACACGAGCAGUGCAGUCGGUGCAACGAUGCACGAUACGGACUUACAAGACCUUCUCGCGAGGUGUGCGUCUCUCCGACGCGUCCGAUUACACCGCUUACGCUCUGGGCCUUUCAUCGAUGGCAUCCGCAUGCCAGGCAUUGCACUUUCCACUCCGCUCAUCCUUCCAGUGACAUUGGAAGAACUGCACAUGCACUAUACGUACAGCGCGAUUAACUGGCGGACGCAGGAUCAGCGACUGUGUGGUACGCUUGGUGCUGCGCCCAUGCCGAGUUUGCGGCGUGUACUGGUGAGUACUGGUGAGACUGAUUUAACUCUUACUGGAAUGAGGACUGGAGCGGGGAUGGGCUAUGGACCGGAGGAGGGACGGAGUGACUUGGUUGAUCCAUAUGUAGACUUACCAAGGACGAGGGAACUUUGCGAGAAGUUAGGAGUUGAACUUGUAAGACAUAAUAGGGAACAUUUGAAUCAGUAUGUUAUUGAUGCAUUGUCGUAA